AUGUUGAGCCUUAUAUCUGUUCUGUGGGACACUGGAUAUCCCUUAUAUACCUAUGGUUCUCUUUUCAUCCUUAUCCUAAUUAUCUGGCAAAUUAGACAAAGUUACUAUGGAUUGAAGAGCAAACCUACAAGGAGCUGCUGCCGGCAUCAUUGAAAAGUCAGGCAAAGGAAAAAAGAUGCAGCGUCAAGAGUUAGGAGACCUUCCCAAGAGGAAGCUGAGGAGCUUCAGGAGCUGCUCUCUUUCAUGAAAAGCCAGGGAUGGCUUCCUCAGAAGGAAAGUGUGCGGCAGCUUCUAUGUGCAGAUCCCUACUGCCAAACCUGCAAUGGUGUGGCUCUGGAGAUUGACCAAUUGCUGGAGGGUGAGAAUAACCAGAUCCCCUCUACUUUACUGGGAUCAUCAUGGGGCUCUUCUUGCCUAGAGACGUUGUCCAUGUCAAGUAUGUCUUUUGAGCAGAAUCUGGAGCUCCAUUCCCAGCACUCCAGAGAUUCUUCAGUGGCAUCUGUAACUCCAACACUAAGCCAACUAAUAGAACACAAAUGCUUAACCCAGACAGUUUCCCAGAAAAAUGAUGGAAUCAGAAUCCAAGAAUACUGGGCCGAUCACCUCAAGUUAGAGCAGGAAUUUCAACUGGCAGAUAGGCCAGUGGGCCCAGAGACUAUGGCUUCUUCAAGGCUUGAGGAAUCUAUAGUUACAGUGAAUGAGCAGGAGAUUAUGCAGAACAACACUUACCUUGACCAGGAGGACCAAGUUCAUCACCACUUGAAGCCCAAGGUUUCUUUAGUAUCACCAAAUUCAGGGAUCACUAACCUGGCCCAUCCUAUGGUCUUAGAAAUGGAGUCAGUUCUCCCCGCUCACCUGCCUUUACUCAAUCCUAAAACUCUGAGGUUUCUUGAGGUACAUGUAAAAAAAUGGAUGCAUUUCCAGAGGUGGGGGCUCCCCAGGCGUGUCGAAGACUCCCUCAGGCAGCUUAUGCCAGACCCAACAUUGUUUUACCGAUCUGAAAAAAACCCACAGGUUUCUUCCAUGACUUCUCAGGUUAUUAUUGACAAAAUUAAAACCAUUUCCCACCAGACAUGGGGUUCAUUUGUGGCAGGACAGCCCAUUCAGUCUAUCUGGGUUUCGGAAUGGUCUGAUGUAAAUCCAGAACAAAGACGCCACUGUCAGCAAAUUCAAAACUAUAACGUACUAACCCUACCCUCUCCUGCCCUUAAUGUACUAAAUGACUUCUAUUCACUGCAUGGGGAACAGGAUAAUGACUCACAGUGCAAUUUGCAGCAGAAAUACAACCAGCUCUUCUGUGGCCUCCCUACUCUGCACAGUGAGUCCCUGAUUGCUACUUUCUUGGACUCUAAAAGUCUCUCCAGGAACAAGAAUGUGCCCAAGUCUCCCUUGAAUGGUCCUCUUCUCUUCAGUGAGCUCCAUCCCCUGCUGUCCAAUACUCCACCUGAGUCAGCCCCAGCCUCACCCCUAGCCUCACUACCAGCCUCACCCCCAGCCUCACCCCCAACCUCCCCAAAUUGGAUGUCUCCCUCUGAGAAUCAGGUCAGUGUCCCAUUUCUGACUACAGCUGAGUGUGAAGCCUUGGAAUGGCACUUGCUGCAGAGGCAACUCCAGCUUCAGUGGGGCCUGCCAGCAGUCUUCCAGAGAUCUCAGCAUGCUCCAGGUCCCAAGCAGUAUGAAACAUGUGACAAAAUCCAACCUCCUGAGACCAUGAAGACCUCCUGUCCAGGAAAGUCCUUCUCAGUCCUCACCAGGGAACUGCUCUUCUUCCCAGAGCAUGCCCGCAGGCUGCUGGAAUUCCAUCUCCAGAAGCAGUUGAUUCACCAUCGCUGGGGCCUGCCCCCAAAGAUUCAGCAGUCCAUCCAGUUGCUCCUUUCCUCCACUGACCAGCAGACCCUGACCUGGAGCAGUACAGCCCUACCCAGGGUGAGCAUGCCCCCGCUUGCAACCCUAGAUGACAGUGAAGCUGGUGUCCUAUUCUCACCCAUGGUAGCCCAAAUGCCCACCCCCAUGCCACACUUGUUUGCCCAAGCCAAGGAAAUAUUGCAGAGCCACAUCGGCUCCAAAUGUGGACAGAUCCACCAGGGCCAGGUCCCUGCCUGUGUAUUCAGCUCCUGGGAAUGCAGAAUUCCUGGAGGUCUGGCAGUGGCUCCCUUCCCUUGCAUUCCACAAAGCCAGCACCCGGAACUGCAGGCAGCAAGUGAACCUGACCCACAGCCCAAAGUUAUGCCCUGGAUGCCAGUGGCCCUUGAUCAGCAGCAGCAGCAGGCCUUACCAAGUGCUGACACUGAACACCCUAAGCUGCCCAGAGUCCUGUCUGAUACAGCCAUUGAGAAACUGGAAACCAUGCUGCGGCACAAGUAUCUGGUCUUCCUGUCAGGCCUGCCUGCUCUGUACUGUGUGGACCUCUCUAGGGCCAUGGUUCCAGCAAAAUCUAGCGAAUCUGUAAUCACAGAGAUGGUGUCUGGGCCUGUGGAAAUCCCAGAGGAGCCUCCGACUCCUCCACUGACUCAGAUGAUCUCAUCUGAAGACCCCUGCAGGAGGCUUGAACCAUGCUUUCAAGAUGACGAUGAGACUUAGGCAGACAACACAGAGGAGUUCCAGCCUGAAGUUCAGGUGGAAGAAAUGACAGAGAUGGUAACUCCAAGGAGCCAGACUCUUCCUACUAUCCCCUUCUCAUCCAAGACACACAUCUUCCCCAAACUAAAUUUCCACCUUAGGAAAAAGGUCAUAGAGAUGCAAUUGGGAAUUCCCAUAAGGGCAAGAGAGUCCAGGGAACCAACUGCAGGAGUUGCAGACAACAAAUCCACACAGGAGUCUCUUGGGAGUCUAAGCACCCCAGAAAGCACAGUAGUCCAGGAACUGUCCAUCACACCAGAGUCUCCUCCUGCCCCAGACUCAGAAUGGAUCCCCCUUAAAAAACAGCUGGCCACUGAGUUGAAGGCAGUACAGCACAACCUAAAGUCACUUAGUUCCAAACCAGUGCCCCAUGGAUCACCCGACUGGGCUUCCAAGAUCUCACAACUCAGUGCGAACAUGACCCAGGCCCAGAUACUUUGCGUUCAGGUAGAGGCCAGUGUGAACAACCCCAUCCUGGAGGAACCCUGGAGCCCUGAGCUCCAAAGUCCUGACAAGAUCAAGGACUCAGCCCAAGUCCUGGCACUGGCAGAAAACAAAGAGGACCCAGGAAAACCCAAGGCAGCAGGGGACCUUGGAGAAGGGGAUGCAGGGCUUGGGAUCUCCUCAGUCAGUGAAGAAAGACACCCUGCUGAAGAUCAGAGGCCAGAAAGGAUGAACAGGACAUCCCAAGGCUCCUGGCCAUGGAACCAGAGCUUUCUUCUUGAGGAUCCCUGUCCACCUAGCCACCAGCAUCACCCUCAGCUGCAGUCCCCAGAGCCGCCCCCAGUAGUCCCUGGAGGGAAAGAAUCUGAGCCUGACAGGCAAGACAGUCCAAGCAAGCCACAUGUCAUCCCUGAGCCCACAAGGAACCCUAAGAAUGCCCAGCCCGUGGUGCCUCGCAUUUCCCAGGACAAGUCUUUCCUCCCCCAGAAAAUUCAGGGUAAACCUCUGCAGGGCCAAACUCUGCACAGUCAGGUCUUGCAGGGGAAGGCAAUGCCAGCCCAUUCUCACAAGAAGCCCAUCGUUCCAGACACUGGCUUGAGAAAUAAAAUACAAUCCUUUCUGCACUGCAUUACCCCUGAGAAGAAAGGCAAAGGGCAUGUAGAGUCCAUGUUCUCCAAAGCUGGGAAAGUGUCCAAAACCAGAAAAGAAAAUGUUGAAAAGAGCCUCAUUCCAGCCAAAAGCCCCAUGGGGAGAACUAAGACAGAGAAGCCAAGUGGGCACCCCAAGGCCCGUUCAGCCUCCCCUGAGAAGCCAGUAGGCCCAGCUGCCUUAAAUGGUCCCCAUUCCCCAGACAGUAAGCUCCGGCUACGCUCCCGACAGCAUGGCUCUGCCUCAACCCUGGGCCAUCCCCGCCACUGCCCUCGGCACUGUCCUCGAGUGGCUUGUGCCUCCCAUCCAGGGAGCCUCCCCUAG